AGAAUCGUUUCAGCAAAAUUAUACACAUACUACCAUCUACCUUUCUCGGAUUUUUGAGUUCGUAUGUAAAUCUGAUUAAAAGCGGACUGAAAAAAGUACAACGAGAUAUUAAUAACUAUAAUAAAGGAUUAAUCAUAUUAAAGGCACCUGUCGAUUACAUUGAAUACACAGUUCAAGAACUUCGUUUUAAAUGUGCUUUUGUAAAAGUUUUAAUAAAACUAUUAGCAAGACAAAAGAUUCAGUUUACUAUCUACAAGACCGCAGGCCAAAGAGCUAUUAAAUAUGUCAAAUUGAUGGAAAAGGUAAUGAAGAUCAUAAUAGCAAAAAUGAAGGUGAUCUAUAGACAAAUAAAUAGUUCACUACGUCAAGAGAAACAUAGGUAUCGCACUAGGUGUAUACCGAUUGCAAAGGUAAGAACGAGGGGUCUGUUGCAGCUAGUUGGACCCAGAAAGCCCUCUGCGAAUUUGAGCCUUUUGGCAAAGGCAUUUGCAAUAUUGUUGAGACUAAAACCAGUAAAGGUUCCAGGACCUCGGCCAGGUCAGUUUGUUUACGAUUACUAUUUGCCCACACAACUAUAUAUCAGAGCAUUUGCGUUGGAUUUUUUGAGGAUGAUACGCAAAUACAAAGUUGAAAAACUCUCAGCAACAGGAGCAAAUCAGAUCAAACGCACUUUGUUAGAUACGAAUUUUAGCUUCAAAGCGAUGUCGCAGGCACACCGUGGUGGAGGGGUCCUGGCACACUGGAUUUCGUCGCUAAGCCUGUAUCGGAUAAAAAUUGCAAGAGUCGCACCAAAAAUUAAAAAAUUCACUGCAAUGAAAAAGAAAGUAAAACAAAUGAAUAGUCAUCGUAUUGCCGUAGUGAAGCUCCUACGCAAGUUGUACAAAUACUUAUUCCGCUUGAACCGUGAUCAAAAUCAGAUUUAUAUCAGGUUGUCCUCCAUGAUUUCUGUAAUCCCAACAAAAAUUAAAAAUAUGCGUGCUGCAAGAAAUAUAGCCAAACGGAUUUCGUCAACAUUAAAAGUGUGGAAAAUUACACUCAUUAAGCUCCGCAGGCGAAGACUAGCAUGUUUUGGUGACAUGCUCAUGGCUGCAGCAUCUCUUCACUACGCAGGCCCAUUUCCAGAUAAGUACAGGCCUUUAGUUAUCAACACUUGGGCUAAGAUCUUGGAACUCAAUGAAAAUAAAGUACCACAUUCUUCAAACUCGAAGAACAUUGUCAAGCUGUUGACAACCCAUGAUGAAAAAGAAAACUGGUGGAAGCAUGGUCUUUCUCGGAGUAGCUACUUUACCGAGUGCGCCACAAUCACCAACCAUACUCGACGUAUUCCUGUUCUCAUCGAUCCCCAAUACAUAGCUUACGAAUGGCUUCGCAACCAGUACUCCAAAAAACUGAAGCAAAUAAAAAUGUCAGAUUCGGCGCUGAUGGAAACUCUAUUCGACAGCAUCCGUAUCGGGGCUACCCUACUCGUAGAAACCGACACUGGCUCUGUGAGUUCCGGUUUGGAUCCGAUACUCCACAGAUGGACAUUUUUUGCAAACGGUGACGAAUGGAUUGCCAUUAGGAAUAGAAGAAUGAAAUACCAUGAAAAAUUUCGCCUUUUCAUUUUAACUGCAGAAUUUGAACCCGACCUUUCUCCGGAAUUGUAUUCAAAGGUCACCGUAAUCAACUUUUCAUACGGUAUAAGGUCGUUAAGGAAUACUUUGCUAUCUACCAUAAACGAAUUGUUUCUACCGGGUCUACAAAACGAAUUGAAUAAAAUUUAUGAAAACGUUGAAAAAGAAAGAGCGUUGAGGAAGGAGUUAAGAGAAUCUAUUGCCGUUCAACUGAACCUUAUGAAAACUAUACUGUCUCCCAGAAGUCAUUGGUUAACGUUUUUUAAAGAGUCAAGGGCGAAAGAUCUUCUGUGUCAGAAAAGAAUCCGCAAAGUAAAAGUGGCACUGGACAUAGUGACACUAAUGUUAAUGAAGUACCACGAUGUUACUAAAUAUCCCGCUCAGUUGUUCUUCUGUUUCAGUGGUUUUGAAGUGCUUAAUUCAGCAUAUUUAUUCGCGUUUGAUUGGUAUAGGCAGAACUUCAGAGAAAUAAUAAAAAAUAUACCUAAAGGAGUUACAGAUAUAAAUAAAAUUCGUAGAAUUGUCAAUAAAAAGUUUUUCUUAUUGAUGUACGAUAAGUUUAUAAGAUUUGUUUUUGAAAAGGAUAUGUUGCAAUUCCGGUUUUGGUUGAGUGUUAGACUUCUAAAGUAUAAAAAUCUGAUUAAAAAUGAAAACCUGAAGUUUUUUAUACAUGGCAAUAAAGGAAAGGCCAAGGAAGUUAAUGUUUGUCCUUACACAUGGAUACCUCAAAAAAUGUGGGAUACUAUUAAGUCCAUGGAAGAACUGAAAGACUUUUCAAAGUUUCUGCAUGAUUUCAAAAAUAAUCCAUAUAAAUUUAUAUCCAUUUUUACCACCUUCAAUCCUUAUAGGGAGUUGUUACCAAAGCCAUGGCAGGGAGAACUGAGACAAUUUCAUCGAUUGGUAAUUAUAAAGUGCUUCAGACCUGAGAUGCUUAGAGAAUCAAUGGAGGAAUUUGUAGCAGACCAAUUAGGGAAAAAAAUAGACGAUGAUUCUAGUAUUCAGAUCAAGAUAGAGAAAAUGUAUAUGGAUUCUGAUAAAAGUGUCCCACUUCUGUUUUGCCUUUCUCCCGGGAGUGAUAUUACCGCUGAAUUACUCACAUUUGCCAAAGAGCACUUGGAAGAGAAUAAACUUAUUACAAUCUCACACAUAAGUGGUACAUCGUUUGAUCUUAUUCGUGAUGCGAUGGGCACUGGUGACUGGGUAUUUUUACAGAAUGUUCACCUCAUGAAGCUCAGAUCAUUCACCGCCGUGGCUCAAUCAAUUGUCUCAACAAAGCCUGAAACGAUAAAGGAUUCCUUUAGAUUUUGGAUUUCAUCUGAAGAAACUCCAGCAUUCCCGAGAUUUAUAGCUCGCAUGGCUUCAAAAAUGUGUGUUCACAGUUUCUCCGGGAUGAAAAGCCAUAUGAUUCGAGCAUAUAAAUCUGUAUUGACAGACCAUGAAGAAUUAUUAAAUACGAAAAGAAAUAGAAACGCUCAAAUUAUUCGAUAUUUAAUCUUUUCACUUUGUUAUUUUCAUGGAUUAAUUUUUGAGCGGGCUAGAUUCGGAACCCUCGUUACAAAUCUGCCUUAUAGAUUCGAAGACUUAGAUUUUGAUAUCAGUGUAAGGCAGCUUCUUUGGUUCAUAAAAGAAUAUGGUGAUGAAAUCCCACUUCAGUUGAUAACUUUCUUUUUCUCCGAUUUGAAUUAUGGUGGAAGAGUUAUCGACGUUUGGGAUAUGGACACUGUGAGAGCAUUGAUUUCAGAAUGUUUAGAACCAGCAGUUUUAAAUAGCUUUUAUAGUUAUGACACAGAAUCGUAUUUCCAUCAGCUUCCUGUUGACUCAACAUCAACUGAUUACCUGAAAUACAUGAAAUACCUGCCGACAGAUAUAUCACCGCGUAUAUGUGGACUUACCGAGUGCUAUGGCCUUGCUAUCAAAAUUAAAGAAGGGGAGGAGUGCUUAGAUCAGCUUAGGUUGUUACACCCGGAGUUUCCAAAGCCACAUACCCUGGACUACAAGAGUGCCGACAAACUGGGCCGGGCCAUCAUCGAAUACUUACCGCUACUUGAACCAUCAUUAAUAGAAUUUAUUGAAACGUUCCGUUUGGACUACACUAAUCCACUAACAAUUCACUUGCGAGAAGAGGUUAUUCGAUAUUACCAGCUCCUUGAAGAAAUCCGUUAUAGCAUUAGAAGGAUGUUAAACGAAUUAGCUGGUAUUUCGAUGAUAACUGAUGAAACCGAUGGUAUUGCGGAAAGCAUUGUUAGACAUAAUGUUCCAACGACAUGGCAGCAAAAAUCUUUUCCUACGACAAAAGCAUUAGCUUCUUGGUUAGCGGAUCUUAAACGAAGUGUGCGAUUUAUACGCAGUUGGAUGAUAAAAUCGGUGAAGAGAAGGCCUUUCCCUCAACCUGUUAAAAUGUCUGCUCUUUUGUUACCCAGAGCCUUUCUUUCGGCAGUAAUGCAAAAAUAUUCAGGAAGAUUUCGUAUUCCGUUGUCUUCUCUUUGUUUUGAAUCUGAAGUAGUCGAAAAUGCAAAGCAAUGUAAAAGUGGCUGCACGAUAUCCGGUUUAUUUCUCCGCGGAGCAGCAUGGAAUGCAGAGUGGAAUGCUAUCGCUGAAUCGAUUCCAAACCGCUUAUAUACUGCAAUGCCUCCCAUAAACCUUAUUCCAGAAAUAAUUCAGUCAGAUAGCGAGGAUGAUGAUUAUUCUGACUAUCUUGAUGAUGACAAACUUUAUAAAUCGAACUACAUUUGUCCAAUUUAUAAGACCGUCAUAAAAGAAGUCACUCCUAGAAAUGAAAGAGCCUAUCAAAAGAAUUAUAUCUUAUCUGUAAAGCUACCUAGUCUAAAAUGUGAAGCAGCGUGGCUAAAGAGAUCGGUAGCACUGUUUAGCUCAAUAGAUGAAUAACUAAAAUACUGAAUUAAAUAAAGAUGUCCUGACUAGAGCUAUUGGAUAUUUACUUGUUUUAUUUUUAUUUUUUUUUUUUUUUACAUUUACAUUAUUUUUUACUUGUAACAAAUUUCGUUAAAAUAAUUCACUCUGACAGAUGUAUCAUAAACCCCAAAUUGCUUUCAAUUGGUCAAUUGGCUUGAAAUGUUGUUAUAGUUAAAUAGAGGAAGUCAAAGGGUAAUUCAUUACUUCAAAACACUUAAUAAAAUUACAUUAAAGCAACCUUGAAGAAUUUAGUGCUUGAUUAGUAGCUAAAUACAUAAGAAACUUCUAUUCAG